CUCAUCAGUUAUCAGUCAGAUGUCUGAUCAAUUAUCUCUGUGUCUUUACAUCACCUGUACACACCUGUGUGCACACAUUUGUUGUAUUAUUGUUGUUGUUGUUGUUGUUGUAUUUCUCUCUUCUCACUCAUGUUUGAAAUUUCCUUUGCACAAAAAAAGAAUCAUUUGAUUGAAAGAGCAGCCUUUAUAAUCAUGCUUUUAUUGUGAAGUAGCUUCUGAUUGAUGUCUUCAGUCCUUCAGCUCUCAGUCAUGAAGAGGAGAGGACUCGUCCUCCUGCUGCUCUCAGGUUGCGUGUCGGUCUGUCGUCUUCAGACCGACCGUCUCAUCAGAUGUUUUCAUGCUGUCAAUCUGAAGAAGACCUGGACCGAAGCUCAGAGUUACUGCAGAGACAAGUUCACUGACCUCGCCACCAUCCAGGGUCCAACCAACAACGCUGAGGCCCAGCAGGCAGCGGGGAGCGGGACGUUCUGGAUCGGGCUCUACAACAGCACAUGGACGUGGUCUCAGGAGAGCCAGGACAUUCAGGUGGACACCUGGUUCUCCAAAUGGGCCGCGAAUGAGCCAAGGGCCGGGGGGUGCGUGAUCAUAUCCGACCGUGGAGACUGGUUUGUCAGAGACUGUGGAGCUCAGCAGCCUUCGGUCUGUUACAGUGCUGCAGCCAAUCAGCACAUCCUGGAGAAGCAGCCGAUGACGUGGUCCGAAGCGCAGACUCACUGUCGGUCGAAGUACACAGACCUGAGCAGCAUCAGGACUCAGGAGGACAACGAUCAGGUCGCCAGUCUGCUGCAGACCGUCACUGACCCCGUGGGGAGCACAGAGGCAGCGUCCUUCGUAGGUCAGACCUAUGAUGGCGACCAGCUUUUCAGCGCCCCUCCGGCCGCCUGGAUCGGUUUGCACAGACAUUUCUGGGUGUGGUCAGACCGGAGCGGCGCCUCCUACAGGAACUGGGCGUUACGGCAGCCUGAUGCAGAAGCGGACUGUGCGAUGAUGGACGCAUCUUCAUCGUCCGGGGUCUGGUACUUUCAACCCUGCGGUGAGAAAAGCUCCUUCCUCUGUUACACAGAUACCAGAGCUUCAGUGCUGAGGUCGGUGAGGGUUCGGCUGAGUGGAGGAUCUGCAGACCUGAACGACCCCGUGCUGCAAGACUCCAUCCUGCAGCAGGUCAGAGGACAGCUGAAGCAGAAGUUGGAGGAGCGAGGAAUCGGAGAGGAGGUGAAGCUCAGGUGGAGCAGGCAGCCUGGUGGGAGCGUUUUCCACAGGGAGGAGGAGGACGAGGGAGCGCCUCCUGGUGACUGGGGGGAGGAAGGCGUCUGUGUGGGUUAAUGAUCCGUUUAUUGAUUUCUGCUGACUGAUAUCACUCUGAUAUAUCUGUUGUGUGAUUUACCUGCUGAUAAACUUCACUUUGCCUGAUUCUGAUUUUAAAGAUAACAUGAUCUGUGUGAUUUACAGUGAUGUCUGUUGUAAUUCAGCUCUGCAUUGUUAAAAAAUAUUUCUCUCUUCAGUCACUGUUUGUCUCGUCUUAUUUGUGUGUCUCUUACACACACAGACUGAUUUCAGAACACUGAACCUCUGAAUAAUCUGGAUCUAUUUACAUGUCCACUCACUGGAAUGGGAACGUGGCAUCAGACCUGUGGACCCGCUGUGCAUGAAGGAAUCACCCUGAGUCCAAAUGAACUGGCUUCUCUUCCAAAUGUUGACGUUAAUGUCACACAAAGACACACAAAGACACACUGAUUGGUUCGUU